AUGUUCGGCAANAAGUACUAUGGCCUUACAGGCACCAAGCUGAAUAUCGCAGUCGGUAUCAUUGCUGGUCUCGAUUUCCUGCUGUUCGGUUACGAUCAAGGCAAGCAGCGUUUCUUGAACGAUGGCAUGAAUGUUUCGCUAACCAAGUAUCANGGUGUCAUGGGUGGUCUGCUCACGUUGAAGUCCUUCAACCGUACCUUUCCUGAGAUCGACGUCGAUAAUCCUCCGCUUGGAGUAUCUGCUUCAUACACCUCUACCAUCCAAGGUAUCUCGGUCGCCUCCUACAACUUGGGGUGCUUUGUCGGUGCGUUGGCUACAAUCUGGAUUGGUGACUGGCUUGGCCGUCGCAAGACCAUCUUCUUGGGAUCUGCUAUUAUGGUCAUUGGUGCCACACUACAAACAUCAGCUUUUGCUCUGGCACACUUGAUCGUCGGAAGAGUUAUUACUGGUAUCGGAAACGGCAUGAACACUUCUACUGUGCCUUCAUGGCAGAGUGAAUGUUCGAAAUCGCAUCGUCGUGGUCAGAUGGUUAUGAUUGAGGGCGCCCUCAUCACCGGAGGUGUUAUGAUGUCCUAUUGGAUCGAUUUCGGCUUUUCUUACCUCGAACCCUCGACAGUCUCCUGGCGCUUCCCCAUCGCUCUCCAGAUCCUGUUCGCUCUUAUUAUCCUGAUGUUUAUCAUGGGUCUGCCAGAAUCACCCAGAUGGCUGAUUAUGAAGGGCCACGAAGAUGAGGCCAUCAACGUCUUGUGUGCGUUGAACAACAAGGACUCCGAAGACCCUUACAUCGUCUCUGAAUUUGCCGCCAUCAAGGAUUCCGCUCUGGUCAUGCAACAAGGUGGCUUCAGAGACUUGUUCACCAUGGACGAGGACCGCAACUUCCACCGUGUCGUUUUGGCCUACGUCAAUCAGAUGUUCCAACAGAUCUCAGGUAUCAACCUUAUCACCUAUUACGCCGCCAAUAUCUACAGAAACAGCAUUGGACUUUCGGACUUCCUUUCACGUAUCUUGGCAGCUGCCAACGGAACUGAGUACUUUGCCGCUUCCUGGAUUGCCGUAUUCACCAUUGAGAAGUUUGGACGUCGCCAACUCAUGUUGUUCGGUGCUGCAGGUCAGGCCGCCUCCAUGGCUGUUCUUGCAGGCACAACUUCGAGGACCUCAUCCGCCACUGGUAUUACUGCUGCUGUGUUCCUCUUCGUCUUCAACACUUUCUUCGCCAUCGGCUGGCUGGGAAUGACUUGGCUGUACCCCGCUGAGAUCGUCCCUCUCCGCAUCAGAGCUCCUGCCAAUGCUUUGGCAACCUCUGCUAACUGGAUCUUCAACUUGUAA